AUGUGCACUUGGAUGGAGGGCUACGCGUUUGGCGAGGUCUAUGACUGGGUUGAGCUCUACGCUGGACGGGCUUUAGCCACUCAGGCUGUCAGGCUGAAAGGCCAACGUGGAGCGCGCCUGGACAUUCUCUACGCGGAAAAGGGUAACCACAAGUCAAAUUACAUGGACAUCAACAGCCCAUCCGGUUUGGCGCUUUGCAUCAUCACAAUCCUGCAGUGCAAGCGUAGCUUCCUGGCCUGGGUUGCAAUCAAAUGCUCUUCUUGGAGCUCAAUGAACGUGGGAACAAGUUCCAGGUUUGCUUGCAGCAGUGUUGGGAACAUCCUGAUGCCUUCAGUUGUGGAAGCCAACCAAAUGCUUGAAAGGACUUGCCUCCUACUUCUUUUGAUUACCAGCGUUGGUGGCUGCUGGUGCUUGGAGCAACCGGGCGGUUCAGUGCUGCAGUUUUACCCCAGCUUCCGAUAUGUGAUCACCAUGCACGCAAUGAAUGCUGGCGUUUCAUCAGUGGCAAGGACUUCAUGGUGGAUGGCGCUGUACGGGAGUGUCACUCCCAAGCGUCAUUACUGCUACAGCAACUCUAUGUCAGUUUCACAGCUUGACCGUGGAGUGCUGUCUGGCUGGAAGACCCGACCCGAGAACGCAACCACCAAGCGCACGGUUUGCAAGACCACUGGUAAAAAGGGCUACACGGCAACCCGCAACCUGAGGCCAACAGAGCACCCUGACUUACUCCUGCGGUUUCUCAUAAAUUCGUUUGCAGUUCCCCCAUCCAAUUGA